AUGGCAAGCACAUGCCGAAAGAGGCCGUUGGUUCCAGACAGUCAGCGGAAGCGGGUGAGGAAAGCGUGCGUUCGAUGCCGGGUCAACAAGCUCAAGUGCGAUGGCCGGCAACCCUGUCGACGGUGCCAAACCGGACCCUCGGAGUGUCUCUUUGCGGAGAAGCCCCAGGGGCGGGGGUCAAGCCCUGCAGCUACCUCGACUGUGUCUGAGAGGGAGAAUCUGUUGGAGUUGAUCCUUCACAGAAGCGGUAUGAAUGUGCCAAAUGACUUGCGAGCACUCCAAGAUUACGCGGAAGCUCUGAGAAGUGUCGACAGAGCCACUCAAGAGGGGCAAAACAGCACCACCCAUGGUGCCUCUAGACCUGGAGAGCCCAAUAUUAACAACGACCAUGAGAACGUGGUCGUGAACCAUGUCCCAACACCCCAGACCUACGUACAUGACCAAGGGAAAACAUGUGAGAUGGCUCUUCUCUCCACCCACAGCGCGUUUCAUGCUGACUUUCUCGGCCGAGUAGACUUUGACGGACUAUUCUCGUCAUGGGCAUUCUGUGAUAGCGUUCAAGAGAGGGUCUCCAACAAUACCUCUUCACACAGAGGGGCUCACAAAAGCGCUUUCCGGCAUUCCAUCAUCGACAGCCCGAAUGGCUUCCUUAGCGAUCUAAGGCCCAGCCUCCUGGCUGCGUUACCCCCACAAGAAGUGUUGGGGUUCCUGUCAGACAACUUCUUCAAGUAUGCUCAGUCAAAUUUCUACAUUGUGAGCCCGGAAGUAUACUCGAGGAACCUGAAAGCUUUUCUCGAAGGCAAGAACGAGUUUGACCCGUCAGCAUCAUUGACAAAACGCCCAAUCGAAUUCAUCUGUCUUCUUUUCAUCAUCAUGGCAAUAGGGACCCAGUAUGCCGAUCUCGAACAAGCAAAACCAAAUCCCGAGAUAAAUCGCCAGACUGUCUUGUCAACUUCAACCGGACUACUACUCGAUCUGGUGCCGCCAACCCCCAGGCCCAACCCAGGCUGGCGGUUUUACGAAAUAUCGAGAAGGUUGUUGGCAGACGUCGUCACUUCUUCCUCCAUGACUAGUGUCCAGGCCUGCGUGCUACAUGGUGGUUACUUGGUCGGGACGAGCGCCCACGAUGUUGCUUAUAAUAUGCACGGACUUGCAGUGCGGAUGGCAAUCAAUAUGGGAAUGCACAAAUCGGUCAGCUCCGACAUGUUGCAUCCUCUCGUCCUAGAAUUACGGAACCGUCUUUGGUGGAGCGUUUAUACCCGUGACCGACUUUUCACAUUCCAAAUGGGUAGACCCUUGACAAUUGAGGAUGAUGAGAUUGAUACGCCGUAUCCGACUCAUGUUGCCGAGCUGGUAGUUGAUCGGUUCGGAAGCCCAGUAGACAAUCAGGUCGCACUGAUUGACCUUUGCAAACUGCUUGGCAAGGUGAUUAAGACCAUAUACUCCAGCUUUGGCUCAGCCCCCUCCAACUCCCGAGUCAUCAACACCAGCCAGUUUCUGGCGCUCAAGUCCGAGUUACAACAAUGGAAGCUGGAAUUGCCAGAAGGCUUAAGAAUAUCAUCGUCGUCAUCACGAGGCGUGUUUCAUCUUCAUUUAACGCAUGAACAAACCAUUAUAUUGUUGAAUAGGCUGCCUCUCACUCAUGCAGCAGCGACUGUUGAGAACAGCACCAACGAUCUUCAACCAAACAAAAUGGAGUUUCUGACGACUGCAGCCAAGUGCUGUGUAGCUGCUGCCAUCACCACGAUUAAAAUACUCAAAUUCCUGAGGGAGAGCAAGCUAAUGUGUCGAUACGCAUGCCAGGACUCACUGUAUUGCAGUGCCGCGCUCCAUGUAUUACUUCUGGGUGCUAGGCUCGGUCCUCCCACUGAUGACUUCAAGGGCAUCAUCGCCGAUGGAAUCUACAUGCUACGAGAGCUAGCAGAGGGAAAUGAAACAGCCGCUUCUGCAAUAGAGGGUAUAACUACCGGCUUUAACCGUUUAUUCAAGACCCAAAAGCUACAACCAAGCCCGGCCUCCACGAAUCCCGGGGAUCCUGUCGACUGCAGAACCAUGGGUAGCCGGGCUUGGGAGAAGUGGGUGGCUGAAAACUCGGCCACAGCAACGUCCAGCGACAGAGUAUAUACUGGUAGGCCACUGGAUAGAGAUGCUUCCAACACAUCUCCCAGUACCAGGGAUGCGUUCAGUACAUACCUGCUUCGCAAUUUUCCAUGGCUGCUUUUGGAGAUUAUCCAAUUACCAAUCAGCCGUUGUGGUUUCCAGAAUUGGACAAAGGCUUCAGCCUUCUUGACGGAGGUCUGGGCGAAGGCCCAAUGA